AAACUUUUUCAGAGUCGGAGGUUUCAGACAGAGAGGAAGAAGAUGAAGCGGACGGUGAUGGACAACGCGAUUCGAUCAUCGGUGGUGGUGUUGGGAUCAUUGGCCUUUGGUUACUUGUCACUGGAGCUUGGUUACAAGCCUUUCCUUGAAAAGGCUGAACAAUACGAAAGAUCUCUUCAGUCUUCUCAACAACAUCAACAACAAGAUGAACAAGAAGAAGCGAGGUGGGACAAUAGCAAUGUCGAGGGGUGGGAGGAGAAAAGGUAGUCUUAUAAUCGGUUUCAAUACAGACAUAUCAAAGUGUGUAAGGAAGAAGAACCUUAUCAAAAUUUUCUUCUUAAUCAACCGUAAGUUCAAUCUGUUAACUAUCAACCAUGGCCUGUUUUUAUCAAUCACUCAAAAUCAUAUCUCAGUAUAGUACCGAUUGC